UCUCUGCGUGCUGCGGAGCUCCGUGAGGCUCCGACCCUCAACUUUCAGCUCAGCAAGUGUGUUAAAACCAAAAGAAGCAACAUGUCGAGUGUCUCCUACCACAUCUCCAACCUGCUGGACAAGAUGACCUCCACAGACAAGGACUUCAGGUUCAUGGCCACUAACGACCUGAUGCUGGAGCUGCAGAAGGACAGCAUCAAGCUGGACGAGGACAGUGAGAGGAAGGUGGUGAGCAUGCUGCUCAAACUGCUGGAGGACAAGAACGGAGAGGUGCAGAACCUGGCUGUCAAAUGCCUGGCGCCUCUGGUCAGUAAGGUGAAGGAGCCUCAGGUGGAGACGAUGGUGGACACGCUGUGUUUGAACAUGACGUCGGACAAGGAGCAACUGAGAGACAUUUCCAGCAUGGGACUGAAGACUGUGAUAGCAGAGCUGCCGCUGUCCUCAUCGGGUUUGCCUCUGACAGCCAGUGUCUGUAAGAAGAUCACCUCCCAGCUGAUCGGUGCGAUGGGGAAGCAGGACGACGUCUCCGUGCAGCUGGAGGCUCUGGACAUCCUGUCCGACAUGCUGGGAAGGUUGAGUGGAGCUCUGGUCAGUUUUCACGGCUCUCUUCUCUCCAGCCUGCUGCCUCAACUCACCAGCUCCAGGAUGGCGGUCCGAAAGCGCUCCAUCCUGGCUCUGGGACACCUGGUGCCCUGCUGUAGCCCCGCCCUCUUCUCCCAGCUCACCCAGCACCUUCUGACCGAGCUGUCCAAAGCCCCGCCCACCUCCAUGACCAGGACCUACAUCCAGUGCCUGGCGACCAUCAGCCGGCAGGGCGGCCAUCGAGUGGGGGAACAUUUAGAGAAGCUGAUCCCCAUGGUGGUGAAGUUCACCGGCGUGGAGGACGACGAGCUGCGGGAGUACUGCUUCCAGGCGUUCGAAGCCUUCAUACGCAGGUGUCCAAAGGAGAUGUCACCUCACGUUGCUACGGUGACGCAGCUCUGUCUGAAGUUCAUGACCUUCGACCCCAAUUACAACUACGACGACAAUGAGGAGGAAGAGGACAGCAUGGACAUCGAGGACGGCCUGGAUGAAGAAACAGACGAUGAGUACAGUGACGAUGACGACCUGAGCUGGAAGGUGCGCCGCUCCUCCAUCAAGUGCCUGGAGGCUCUGAUCAGCACCCGCCGGGACCUCCUCCUCUCCUUCUACUCCUCCGUCUGUCCCGCCCUGCUGAGCCGCUUCAGGGAGCGCGAGGAGAACGUGAGGGCCGACGUCUUCGCGGCCUUUUCCGCGCUGCUGAGGCAGACGCGAGCGGGAUCCGGCCGCCCCGGGGUCAGCGUGGUCGGGUCCGAGCCUCCGGGAGCGGGCGGAGAGGAGGAGCCGGCUGUGGCCGUGCUGAAGAAACAGGUGCCGGCGAUCGUGAAGGCGCUCCACAAACAGCUGAAGGAGAAAAGCAUCAAAUCUCGACAGGGCUGCUUCUGCCUGCUGACUGAGCUGGCUCACACCGUCCCCGGAGCCCUGCAGGAGCACAUCCCGGCCCUCAUUCCUGGCGUCAUCUUCUCGCUGACGGACAGGUCCACCACCUCCACCAUGAGGAUCGACGCCCUCUCCUUCUUCCAUGUCCUCCUCCUCUCCCACCCUCCUCAAGUCUUUCAGCCUCACAUGCAGGUGCUGCUGCCUCCGGUCGUAUCGUGCAUCGAAGACACGUUUUAUAAGAUCACGUCGGAGGCUCUUCUGGUCACUCAGCAGCUGAUCCGAGUGAUGAGGCCGCAGGGACAGACAGCCGGAGGAUUCGACCCGAAACCCUUCGUCCAACAGGUGUUUUCAGUCACAAUGAAGAGGCUGAAAGCAACAGACAUUGACCAGGAAGUGAAGGAGCGGGCCAUUUCCUGUAUGGGUCACAUGGUGUGUUACCUUGGCGACCAUCUGAAGACCGAGCUCUCGGACAUCUUGUCCAUCUUUCUGGAGAGGCUGAAGAACGAGAUCACGAGACUGACGGCAGUCAGGACCAUCACGCUCGUCUCUGCUUCUCCUCUGAAGAUCGACCUGUCGACCAUCCUGCCUGAAGCCCUGUCUGUGCUGGGCUCGUUCCUGAGGAAGAACCAGCGGGCUCUGAAGCUCGGCACUCUGGCGUGUCUGACGGCGCUGGUCACUCAUCACGCCGCCAGCAUCAAACCCGCGGCCCUGGAACCGGUGCUCGCCGAGCUUCCUGCGCUGGUGGACGAGAGUGACAUGCAUGUGUCACAGGUGUCCAUCACCUUGCUGACCUGCAUGUGCAAAGCCUGCUCCUCCUCUCUGGCGAAGAUCUGCUCCUCCGUGCUGCCUGGAGUUUUCAGGCUCGUCCACUCGCCGCUGCUGCAGGGCGGCGCCCUGGCGGCCAUACUGGACUUCCUCCAGGCUCUGGUUCAGUCCAAAACCAGCAACCUGGGCUUCAGUCAGUUGAUGAAGUCGCUCACCGAGCCGUUUCACAGCCCUCAGUCCUGUGUGGACGGCGGCGCCCUCCACAGGCAGAGCUACCACUCGGUGGCUCGCUGUGUGGCGGCUCUGUGCUCUGCAGCUCCCAAAGAGACCGCCGCCACUGUGGCUGGACUCAUUCAGCAGAUUAAAAACACCGGCUCUCCAGAGUCGGCUCGUGUCCUGGCUCUGCUGUCUCUGGGUGAGGUGGGGAGGAGCGGCAGCCUGGGGGGCAGUAAGGAGGUGCAGGGGGUCAUCCUGGAGGCCUUCUCCUCCACCAGCGAAGAGGUGAAGACGGCGUCCUCCUGCGCUCUGGGCAGCAUGGCGGUCGGCAGCCUGAACGACUACCUGCCCUUCAUGCUGAAGGAGAUCUCAGCUCAGCCGCGGAGGCAAUACCUGCUGCUGCACUCGCUCAAAGAGGUCAUCAGUGCCUGUCCCGGUUCGAGUCUCUCGCCCCACGUGGAGUCCAUCUGGGCGCUGCUGUUUCAGAACUGCGAGUGUCCGGAAGAAGGAACCAGGAACCUGGUGGCUGAGUGUCUCGGAAAACUGACCUUAGUCAACCCCGCUCAACUGCUACCUCGACUCAAACAACAACUGAAAGCUGGUUCUCCUCUGGCUCGCAGCACAAUGGUGACGGCCGUCAAGUUCACCAUCGUUGAUCAUCCUGCUCCGAUCGACUCACUGCUCAAAGACAGCAUAGGCGACUUCCUGAAGACGCUGCAGGACAACGACAUCAACGUUCGCCGCGUGGCCCUGGUGAUGUUCAACUCGGCGGCUCAUAACAAGCCCUCUCUGAUCCGCGGCCUGCUGGGAACGGUGCUGCCUCACCUCUACAGGGAGACGCAGAUCCGGAAGGACCUGAUCCGGGAGGUGGAGAUGGGUCCCUUCAAGCACACGGUGGACGACGGCCUGGACGUGCGCAAAGCUGCGUUCGAGUGCAUGUACACUCUGCUGGACAGCUGCCUGGACGGACUGGACGUCCUGCAGUUCCUGGAUCACGUGGAGGAGGGACUCAAAGACCACUACGACAUCAGGAUGCUGACUUUCCUGAUGCUGGCCAGGCUGGCCUCUCUGUGCCCGGCUGCCGUUCUCCAAAGACUGGACCGACUGGUGGAGCCGCUCAGAGCCACCUGCACCACCAAAGUGAAGGCCGGGUCUGUGAAGCAGGAGUUUGAGAAGCAGGAGGAGCUGCGCCGCUCGGCCAUGCGCGCCGUCGCCGCCCUGCUGGCCGUGCCCGAGGUGGAGCGGAGUCCCAGCAUGGCCGACUUCGCCAACCAGAUCAGGUCCAACGCCGACAUGGCGUCCAUCUACCAGAGCGUGCAGGGGGGUGAGGGCGGGGGUUUGGGGCCCCCAGAGGGCAUGGACAUGAGCUGAAGAC